CUGGGAUGAUGGCGUCCGUUUUCAUCUUGAAUGUGUGUUGUGGAGCUGUUGGCAGCACUGACAGGGAGUAGAAUAAAAGGCUUUGGGGUGAAGUCAGACUGAAAAGUGGUUUACAGGUGUGACGGCACGGACGGCCAGUCCUCUAUAUAUUCACCUGGCAGAAGUUCAGCUGGCAAGCCUGGAGCUGCUGGGGCUCUGGACCUGCGCGCUGGUCAUUUGUCGCGAUUUUCAACAAGCCUUUGAGCUGAAGCUGGCGUCCGAGUGAUGUAACAGCUAGUUGAUCAUUUAGGACGCAUGAACUACCAACCUAAACGUUGUUUUUAAGGGGAAAACCUGUAUUUUUGUCAUCGUUUGACAUCAUUUUUACACUCUUAAAUACUUCUAAAUGAAUGCUAAUCAGGUCUAUAGCUAACUGUUGACAGACUUUAUGAAAUAUUUCUCACUCUAAACAUUUUGUUUAAAACCUGUUUUAUGACAGAUUCAUUCACCACAGCUGAAGAAGCCUUUGCAAGACAGAAACUGUCACAUUUUGAUUAAUUGUUUUUAAUAAUCACAUUUGUUACUCACAAAUAUUUCGUAACAGGUUUUACGAACUGAGAGAAAUUACGUGUCAAGACUUCUCACAAGCUCUUUCAUCGCACUGGCCCGCAUGCAAUUGCAAUUAAGGAAAAUUGUCAAUGACAUCCUUUUCUGAACUCACAAAUAUGAAUAUAUUAGGAGACAAAUUGACAGUUUUCUUCUGUCGAAACUGUUCUAUUGCAAAGGAGCCUCACAGGGAGUUGUGAAAACACCAGAGGAUCCCAAAGGAGACCACAAAUACAGAGAGGAUUUUUUCAUUCAUAACCUUGGUGUUUGUUUCUUGUUAAGCUAAACCACUGUUAUCAAAGUGAGAACGACUGUUGAUUUAAAAAUCAUUUUAAACGUUAACAAAAAGGCAUGUGGAUCUAGUAGUAGUAGUAAUAGCAUUUUAAAAGUAGCCUGUGGACACCCUUGCACUCCAUCUGAGACCAUUCCUGCAGCUGUUACUAGUCAACAUCUGAUGACAAGUUAAGCCUGAUGGAAUAACUACAGUCACGGAGCACAUUAUAAAUGUGAUUCAAAUCUAAAUUGUGCGUAAACAACAGACAAACAAAUGGCAAUAGAAGUGAACUAUCAUAACAAUCUAAUAGCCUGUCAUUCACAGUUUGACUAACCAGAUAAGGCGCAACAGAUUGCGACCACGUGUGUCAGUGUUGUGACUUAUUGAUCAAGAUUUUCUGGAGCUCUGAAUGGGAUCUAUUUUUAUCUUCCACUAUUGUCAGCUCGACUGCGAUAAGAAUGUUGUCGUGUGUGAGCCCGUCUUGUGUGUUGGGAAUAAAUCAUGUCAGGGCUGUAAAAAAAAAAAACUCCAUCACCUCACCCUCCUGUCUUGUCUCUGCUGCAUCUUUCAUCUAUCUCUUCUUGUGCACUCACUCCAGCCACCUUUCAUCUCCAUCUUCCACUUUCUCUGUCCUCCACUCCCCAUUGCCUCAAUGCGGACUGUUUCAUUCUUGAAUGGUGAUGCAUUGUUGAGAUAAGCUGCACAAAUCUGUAAAUCCCUUUUGGACAUGCCAUUUGUCUGAAUUUAUGCUGGGGCCCCUAAAUGGCAACCGGGGGUUGUUACUGGCCAGAACCCGCCAUGUACAGUCGUCUGUUUCCAAUCGCCAUGCAUCAUUAAGUUCAACUGAUCUGGACGGGAAAUCACUACCAUCACCAAAAGAGGAGGAUGUGACCUUGAUCAAUGUGUGUGGCCAGUUUCACAAACAUUAAGAUGAAUGUAACGAAAAUUACCACAUGAGUCUCAGGGAUUUUAUUCUAAAGCUCAGGCAUAACUUUAUAGUGAGCAAAAAUGGGGGUUAACGUGGAGGCAUGGAAACAGAACCGCUGAAGUGUAUUUGUUACGGUUUAUUAUUUUACUGCCCUGGAACAAUGACAUGUCAGUUAUAAUUUGACUUGACACAGGCCACUGCGUGUUUCUGCAUUGUUUUUAUUAGUGCGUAAUUGAUAUAACAUGCCACAAGCUACCACCGUCACCACAAGGUGGCAGGAAAGAGGAUCUGCUGAUUUGUCCCAGAUGUCUAAUGGAAUGCCCUUAGUCCUCCUCGGUCCUCCUCAGUCAUCUCACCCACUGUGGUCUCCUUCAUCCCGCCUUAACCUCUUUUCUUUUCCAGCUGUUUUCAUCUCCUACACCUUCAUGAUCCUGCCUCCACAACCUCCUUGUGAAGGUUCAUUCCUUCGUAAGCUCUUCAACAUCCAUCUCAGUCUCUGUGCUCUCGUAAUCCAGGGUUCUCCCCAGUGCUUUAGCAGCAUGUCCAUUUCAGACAAGGAAGGCUCCGCCUUUUAAGAUGGACUCUUAAGGAGGACUGUGAAGGAUGCACAAUGCCGUCCUCUCCACCAUUUGUCUCACUCUGACACAUGUAUCUUCCCCACUACCUGUUGGAGACACCUCAUAUGCUGGAAAAAACCCUGGGGAGAACCUUCUUCUUGGUGAUGAUGACUUCUUUUUGGAUGAUGAAGGUUGAGCUUUUAAACUAAUCGUCAAGCUAGCAUUAGUUACUUGUGGUUUAAACCAGUGAUUCUCAACCAUAGGGCCGAGGCCCAUGGCCCAUUUACACCUUUGGGCUGUGAGGGCCACCGGACGCUCAGUUUUAAUACAUGAGCCACGUAUGGUGGCAGUAGUGAGUCACUGAAUUGACUUAACAGCUGCAAAUCUGUGAUACAAUAUUAUAAUCAUUUUAUUCAGAAUUGUAUUCGUGUUGUACAAUUUUCUCAACAACUGCCAUCAAGUGUAUUUUUUUCAUUUUUUUCUCUAGCAAAUUUGAUGAAUGUAACUCGCACCUGGUUCUGCUGCUGGUUGGACAUUGGACAAUGACAAAUAAAUGAUGGUUUCAUGUCAUUUCACAAGGUUUUGGUUUGUUUAUGUGUAAGUAGAUUAAAUAUGGUUUACUUGAAUGGGCUCCGGUCCCCAUUGUUCUGGAAAAGGUGGGCCCCCGAGAUAAAAAAAAGGUUGAGAACCCCAGGUUUAAACAACAGAACAACAGACAUCAUAUGAUAUUUGGAACCUCAGAGUCUGACAGUACCGCAGGGCUCGGCACAUGAUUCUGUCUCUCAAGCUUCAUCAGAAAAGCAGUGUUUUUUUUUGUUUUUUUUUUAAUUCUAGCAGAAUCCAUGUAGUCAGAAGUCUGGAUACAUGGUGCAUGCUACUCGUACAGCGAUCAGAGAUAAAUAAACGCGCAACGUGCCUCGGCAAGGUUUUGGAACCAGUAGUGAGAUUUGCUAUUUGGCAAGAGUUCUGAAAGAAACCUUUUUAAUUAAUUCAAGAUCAAACACCGUCCUGACAGUUAACAAAUUCCCGAGCCGAUAAAUUGUCUGAGCUUCUGAGAAAACAAGCGGCGGGAAUGAUUUUGAUUGUCCUGACAGCUGGAGGAUUCCUCUUAUCACACGAGUCCUUCAUUUUUCCAAACAAGCAAUAACGUCACAGACUUGCCACUCGGGAUCACCCCAGAGCAUCCCAGCGCGUCUGCGCCCGGGGCUGAGACCACGGGGUCAAGAAUCACUCACUCAUCGUCUCACGUUCAGAUCAGGUGUUAAAACGUCAGCUGUUGGUGUUUGUCUCUCUGUCUGGCGUUAGUCUCGGGGAAAUGCAUUCAUGAACGUUGGCUUGCUCAUGUGAGGCAUGGAAAUCUUAAACUAUGAAUGCUCCUCCAAAGGCUUUUAUUCUUUUACAAUAUUAUGUCGCUUUCAAUCUAUAUUAUAUAGUUUAGAGAUAAUAGUCUGUUUCUCAUGGUGUUUGUGAAAAGGCUCUCGGUGGUGCAUGUACUGAGCGACCGGACUGUGUAGUGUUGCCUUCCCAGAUUCGAGUCACUGCACUGUAGAUUCGUGUUGUUUUUGAGUGAUGCGUUCGAGUGAAUCUGUGGUCUCACCGAAUCUUUUGGACUCCACCAGCUGAGUGAACCAACUCAAACACAGUAAAGUAGUAAAGUAAAACACAGGUGUGGUGGGAGGACGUGUCUGACCGUGGGGGAUGAUCUGGACAAUGGUGGAUGGCCUCCUUAUGUACCUCCUCAACGGACUCCCUUAAAAUGUGACGUUCUUGAUUGACAGUUACAGAGCGCUCACAGUUUUAUGGGGCUAGACAAGGGAGCGCUUACAUUGGCAUUGAAAAAAAAUAUUGGCUGAAACACUGACUGACGAACAUUGAAAGAAAAAAAUUGAAUAUUGGCUGAAAAAAUGGAAAAUGUAAAAAAUAAAUGUGUUAUUGAAAUGGGAAUUUUGUAUUGAGGUAGAAAACUAGAAUGGUUCUUGAAAUUAAUAAUAAUAAUAAUAUAUUUCAUGUUUACAGUAUUUUUCCAGCCAAUAUUCUUUUUUUUCAAUACCAACGUAACUCUAGUUUUACUUUUGCCGAGUUGGACAACAACACUUCCUUUCAGAACCUUAAGUGGUUGGCUAAAGAGCGAAUCAACCUUGUCAGCCUCAGCCGACUCAUCAAGUCGAACUUCUGAAGCUCCUUCAGUAGCUGUGAGCACGGUGAGCUGGGGUGGUUAGUGAGAGAUGACAGGAGAGAGGGAAGAGUGGUGGGAGGAGGGUAAUAACAGAGAAAGAGGGUGGGAAUCAGAGACAUUGGAAUUGGAAAAACGUCAAGAGGUGAAUGAACUUGUGACCCUAAAGGUGAGCUCACGUGUACUGCAGCCGGUAGCAGCUCCCUGAUGGAAGCCUCCUGAGUCCACCUACAAAGAACUGAGUGACUGACAGACUGGAGCUUUUCUCUCUUGGGUUCGAUUUCAGCCACAAUCUGAGCAUCGGAGGCUGCCGGUGGGAAGGUUGUGGAGCAGCAGCGUGGAGGAAUUAGCGGGUCAUUGCUCACUCAUGGCUCUGGACUUCAGUUAAGUGGGUCUCGCUGGGCAGAACUUUCUCCACCAUGUGAGAUCAAAGCGCCUCUAGUCUGCUUGAAUUAGAUCGACGGUGAAUAUUUGAACCUGAAGCGCAGCAAACAAGAGUCCUGAAGGGAGUUAAACGGUAGUAGCCAGUCGACUUUAUGGGAUGCAUUGACCUCAUUAGCUAACCCUAUUUACAUCAGGGAGGUCCACCACUGAUGGUCCUACACUUAUUUUCAUCACUAGUCUUACACACUGAGUCCUGCUGUUGCUGGAAGAUCUGACGCGCUGCAUCUGACACAUAUAACUUUUUUUAAAUUUUGGCAUUAUAUUAUUGUGGAAAUAAACCUCACUAGAGCCCCUUUAACAUCUCUUUAUAGCAACAUCUUUUUAGCUUAUGCAGAUCUACGGAGACUAUUAUGGAGUUGGAGGCUGAGAAGCGUGGACAGCUGUAGAAGAAGGAAGUCCAUCAGAUGAUUUGCCGGUGGGGGAUUCCUCAGUUGUGGAGGGUUUGGAGUGGAUUGAAUCGAUCGACCAUCGGUGAAGCAUGACUGGAGAACAAAGGGAACUUUGAUGAGUUUUGGAAACACUAGUGUCGAAUCAGGUGGGUGACUGCAUACGAGGAAAAAGAUUUGGUGGUGAACAGCAGUUGUCUUCUGCUGUUCACCACCAUUAUUUUGUUUUGUCUAGAGUGAUAGUAGCUAACAGUAGAAUAAAUAUGGAUUCCACCGUAGUCACAUCUGACUGUUGUGCAGUCAUUCUGCACAGGACCUGAGGACUUGGAGACAGAAGACUGGGUCAGUCUGGUGGAGGGUGACAUUCAGGGGGUCAAGAGGACGGCUGGGAUCAGGUUCUCUAUCCAGAGGGAAGGAAACGUCUCCUCCCCGAUUGAAGCUGAGGGUCAGAACCUUUCUGACCGGAGGGAACCUCUGGAAUGUGUCUGGUAGCGCGAGUCUGACAGUGACCUACAUUUAAUGGUUUUGAACGGACCUUUUAAUGGUGACUUUUUAAACUGUUGAGACGUCCUGUAAGACGACACUUGUUGAGUCACAGACAUGCAGACGUUUUUGUCGUCCUUCGAAUAUGAAAGAGUUUUCAAACUUGGCAGCCAUUUUUGAAAAACUUUCACUUUGAAACUGAUAUUAAUAACUCGGCAGCGUUAAAUGAAAGUCGCUACUACUGUCUAGACCCAAUGUUUUUACAGAGUGUUCCCCAUGUUAUGAGGGGGAAACGCGGCAGAAUCACGCCGCUGCUCGGCUGUGAGACAAGUAUUUGCUACCUCCAGAUCGCCAAGAGCGGACCUCCAGGUUGUGGCAAGAAAGCGUCACCAGCAUAUUACAUGUACAUGGUUUACGAUGGGUUACGUUCAAGAUGGAACAUCUGUCCUUCAAGGGAAGGGUUUGCAACUUUGGGGUUCUUCUUCUUCAGUCUCACACACUUAUUUAAUUGAAUCAUCCACUUGGGAUGCGACAUUACCAGUAAAAAUACAAUAUAAAAACUCCGGACGGUUAGUGUUGCUGUUUCCUUUUUCAAUAACCAUGUUGAUCACUCAUUGCCUUAAAAAGUACAAGCGAAAUUUAAAGGUUUCUCGAAACCUUUAACCCGCUUAAAUACAAUGUGAAUUUAAGGUUUUCACAGAUCUCUGUGCUCUGCUGAAUCCUCUCCCGCUAAGAUAGAGUCAGCGGAAAUAGAGGUUACUAAAUCAGUCAAGUAUGCAGUAUGAAAUAUUGUGUAAAUAUGGGUAUUGUUUCCCUUCAGCUUUUUGGAGGACCAAACAUGCGUUCUCAGCAGAGCAGUGAGUGUGUGUGUGGAGGGGCUUGAUGUGGAUUGAAUGUUAUAUAUCAGGUAUUAAAGAAAAACCUCCAAUAUCUUGUGAGUCAACUGGAAGUCAAAACCCCACAAAUAUACGAUGCAUGUAGCUGGUAUUUUACUCAUGGUUCUAAUGUAAAUUUUAAAAGGCCACUGCACUACCUUCAGCCUUGUCGAGGCAGAGCCCUGAAAUAGCAACCAACCUGUGAGAAAAACGCUGAACAAAACGCUGCCACAAACUUGUUUCGACUCUCAUCAUUUUACUUUAGCUUAAUUGAGCGGAGUGAAGAAAUGAUGGGCGUCUCUGUGAUGAUUGCUGGAUUUAAGGCUCAACAAAACACAUUGUUUUGUGUCUAUAAUUAGCACAAGUGUGUGGAUGGAUAUUAGUUGGUCCCCCUUGCCAGUAAUUUCCGCUCCGCUUGAAAGGGAAGCAGCUCUCAGCCUGUAAUUUGGCUGCGUGUUGCCCACAGGUGAUGUGAAGAUUUAGCUUUUACUGUCUUGCUGGUGUCAAAAGUUCAGCACAAGCACCAGCACGUCUGGUUCAGGUGGCAGGGAGCAUGAUGGCGUUCUGUUGAGGGGACCUGGCAGCAGCUUGGAACAUUUUACUGGGGUUUAAGUGGCAAUGCUUUUAUAAUCGCAUCGACAUGCUUCGAAAGACCUCGGUUUCCUUUCUCUUCAAUCUGUAUGUCAGAGCAAGGGUCACACGACUGAUGUAGAAAUGAUGUCCCAGUUUUGAAAGGACCGUAGGAGAAGGUUAGAGGUGCACAGUUAAUAGUCUUGACACCUUUGUUUUACAUUAGUGCUGGCAGUUAAACAGUGUCAGAGAGCAAGUGUGGCUGUUAACUCCAAGCUCAACAGCUUUCGCUUCCAAACUGCUGGCGUCAGUUUGUUUUGAGAAGAGGGGAGUGGUUGAAAUGGGUGCUACUUUAGGUUAUUCUACUAUAAAAGCAUCUGCGACACCGUCUUAUUUCAUGUUUUAAGUGAAAUAUAAUGUUUUACUCCUGUAAAUAUUUAUGCUUUCUCACGAAUCCCUUGUCAUCAAUGAUGGUGAAGGGGUAUAUUUGCACACUUCUCUUGCAUUCCUCCCAAAAUGUUGCAGCUGCAUGUCCUUCACCUUUACCUGGCCUGACCUCUCCAGUCUCACCUCUCCUCUUCGUGUCCUUCUUCACCUCUCUGGUUGUCUUCCCCUUCACCUUUCACCUAAUAUCUCCACAACUGAACAUUGACUGCUAUCUGAUACAUUUGUAGUUGUCAUCGUGACACUUUGUAGAAUGAGUAAUGAAGCCUUGCUAGUAGCCUUGAGUCCUUCACGGGAUAACUACCACCGCACGCCGUAGCAAGUCCUGCUUGAGAGCCUCUCAAUCCUCUGACCCCAGUCAGCUGGAGGUCAGGGCUGCGCAUGGUUAUCCAACCCUUACAUCAUAUCAUCUUUCAGCUGUGCUUAACUACAAAAAUACCACGAGAUAUGUGUAGAUGACGACCACCAAGGGCUCAGUCCAGUAUAAGCAAAAGCAUUUCAACAGUUUCAAUCGGAAUAAUUUACUGGGUUGAACCGCUGAACUUCACCAGACCGAUCUUAGCAUUCUGCCUUUUUAAAUUCAGUGACAUUUUUCAAAUGCCAGGUCAUCUCUGGCCAUUUGAGUGAGUUAUUUUCUCUGUUUUUAAUAGCUAUAAUUGUCAUCUUAUAUAGACUCAAUCGCUUUUGUAAUGAAGAUGAGGCUGUAGCUCGACUUGAGUUGCCUGAUGCUGAUGAUUUAUUUCCUAUAUAUGUUGGAUUCUCCUGUCCAAAAUUGAAAUACUUUUUCUUCUCCUAAGCAUUUGUUUGAAAGCUUCUCAGUCUGAAGUUUUUUUUUUUCUGAGGGGACUAUAAGUGCCAUGUUUUCCCUUCCCAGGUGAUGCGCAGUUAAGUUGGCAUUACUUAACAAUUGGGGUCAUGACCUCAGGUCAGCCGAAAAGGGGUCAUUAUAAGACUGUUAAAGGCAAAACAAAGAGGGGUGUAGUCCAAAUAGCAGUCGCUGGAAUGGGGACUCCAGAAGGAGUCAUGCUUUGAAUUGAUGAACCCCUGCUCACCCUGGUUUGGCACCUCUUGUCAUGGGUAACCUGAGACAGACAGAAGGUCCAAACUGUGCUCCUCUGCCCUUGUGGUCACAGACUCAAGAUUCUCCACUGGUAUUGCAGCUGAGACCUCUGUGACCCGGCUGGGAGGAACAAGGUCCCAACGACUUUGGAGAGAAAGAAAAACAUUACCUUCUUUGUUUUAGUAUUUUACAGCUCUUUUUAUGACUCCAGUACUGCAGAUCUGGGGCUGUGACCCGAUGUGUUGAGAGCUUUUUCAGACCACUUAACAGGUUCAAAUGAGUAGCUGUGGCGGGGAAAACCACGUGAUGUUCCCUUUACCAACCCCUGACUCUCUCUGGUUUCAUUUCCAGCUGUUUCCAGUGCAUAAAUGUGGUCCAAAAACAGAAACACAACACAACUUCAAGCGGAAGGGAUGAUGGUUCUCAUGAGUGUUUAAAAGCAAAAAAGAGGAACCAUUUUAUCUUUAAGUUUUUUCAGCGGCGGGUGGGAGUGAGAUUUACUCCCAGGAUUAAAGGAACCCCCCCCCCUUUGCUUCCUUUUAUCUCUGCUGGAUGGCUUCUUUACAUUCAGUCGUGCCUCACAGAUAAGCCAGGAGCAUUUGGCUCAAAAAAUUGGUGGGAAAUAUGGUCCCAAACAUGUCUGCUUUAGCGGCAGUAGCUCUGACACAAGACCAGAGGCAGAGUUUGAAGUGUCAGAAUGAAGAUGUUCAGGUUUUCAUUGGGAAUGAAAGGGAAAGACUGGAUAUGAAGUUAUUAUGUAGGAGCCCAGUCCUGUGGAGUCGUUUGGAGUCUUAGGGAGGCCAGACUCAGAUGGUUUGGACACGAGGAGAGGAGAGACAGGGAACAUGGUGGAUGGAAGUGGAAGUACUGGACCUCCUCGGAUCUUGGUUGUGAUAAAGGAGGAGACGAAGAGGAUAGGUGUGACCAGGGGCAAUGUACGUGAGCGGGACUGUGGAGGAGGCUGCAAUACUGUGACAGAAGGGCAAAGAAAAGAAAUCUGUUUGACAAUAUCAUGGCUGUGCCAGCACUUUAUUUUAGACAUGCUUGCUUUGCAUUGAAUAGAACAAAACAAAAGUGCUGUCUGAGAACUCCUCUGAAUAUUUUAGGAAAACAAGUCUCCACAACCCCCUUAAGAGGCCAACAUGGACUAAGACAGCCUCUGUGGUUCAGAGAGGACAGGGAAUCAGAUCUGGAUGGAAGAUCUCAUUCUGCUCCAAUGGAUCACCAAGAUUACUUUCGAGGAAAGAAAACACUCUUGUCACUCAUCGAAAUACAAUUCUUAGCCCAGUCUGGAAGAUUCAGCUUCCAUAUCUUUGGUUUUCCGCAGAUCAGCCAUGACUGACUACUGGACACAUUGAACUAGUAGCUUCACACUUUUCACAAUUUCCUUUUUGUCAUUCUUAUCGUUUUGCGAUAAGUAUCUUGAGGAUGUUCUACAAUGAACUGGCCUCUGUUUCGCUGGGUGUAAGCCUUCAGAUUUAGGGAUUCACAGUAGUCCAGUUGGAAAGAAAUUUCAGUUUUAUUUUCACACUCCUAGUGGUGCUCAAGCACCAGCCUUUUUCCCUCUUUCCCUUCUCAAAUCCAUUCUUGAGUAAAGAAGGUGAAACUCUAUAUCAGUUCCAUACGUGAAUUUUAGAAGGCCUUUGUGUUAACCACUAGGCCGCUGGCCAAUUGUAUGUAGAGUAAAUUAGCUCUAAAUGAUCCAAAUAAAGAACAUAAUUUUGGGUUGAAACAGACAUCUUAAAGUCUACUAUUUAUGUUCUAACAACUCUAAUCCUUUUGUGAGCGUUCACGUUACUUGUUGCCUUCAAAACGACCAGUUUGCUUUAACGCAUGCCAAGCGCACGGCGUUCCGCUCGUCCACAAUCCUUCGCUGAUGCGCUCGCACGUGUUUCCCGCUGACACAACCGUGACAAAUGUCGUGAAAUGUGCCUCUCCUGAAGGCAGCCCAUAACAAAAAAUGUUGUUACUACAAAGGUUUGUGUGUGAAAUCGUGGACUUGUUGAGGUCCUUCAACAGCCCGUGACCCAACCAGAGAUUCCAUCCCUUCACCUUCUUGCUUGUGUUUUGACCUCCUGGGCCAUCUGUGUGACAUCAAACCAGGAAUGAACAAUGAAAUAAAGUGCCCACUUGUGAUCAUUAUUAUUAUGAUUGUUGAAAGGGCGAUUCGGUGAGCAGAACCUUGUUCCAUAAAAAGGGAAAUGUUUCACAUCCAGGGACAGUGAAAUCGGCUCCACUAGAACUGUGAAGCAGUGUUUUUCAACGGGUGUGCUGCGGCACAAGCCAUGAGAGACUGUCAGGUGUGACGCGGGAAACAAUCCAGUUUCACUUAAUUUAUCCAGAGAUAAAAUGACAUGGAUUCUGCGACAUUCUUUCUAUACACAGUGGAGCUAUGCUGUUACUGUGAUUCCUCUCCCCUCGCGCUCUUGCAGCGAAGAAGCCGGUCAAAUGUGCAACUGAGUUAAACCUGAUGUGUGUCUAAACUUGACCACACACCUUCACAACAGAAUGAUGGAGUGUUCCUUGUCUGUCCUGCGACGCCACAGACUGCACUGCUGCAACUUUCGCUUGGAAACUUUAUUGACACUUGUCACUCGACACGAUCAGUUGGCUAUGUGGUUUAAAAGUGGGCUAAAAACUGAAUGCAGAACCAAAUAAAUGUGCUGCAAAAUGUGGAGACAGAAAGGAUCAUUGUUGCUAAAAAGCUGAAGCAAAGAAUUCAUAGAAAGAAAGAUUUGUCUGCAAAUUCCCCAAACUGGAAUAAAAACAUGCAAACAAGAUUGUUAGCAAAUCUAAACAGUUAUUUAAAAUAAAUAAAUAAAUUAUUUUGUCAUAUAGUUCACCCCUUUCUGUUUAAACAAUUGCAUUUUCUUCAAAUUGUUUCUGCAAAUAGCCGACCAAACUAGCCAAGAGUCUGCAGCUGCCGUUGUUUUCAAAUUAAAAGGGAUUUUUUUCAAAGUGUGGCCCAGCACAAAAAUGGUUGAAAAACACUGGUGUAAAGUGACCGAAAUCUGAAUUUGAAAAAAGGCAAUGCCUGCUCACACAAUGAGAAGAACUAGUGGCAAAUAAAAACAGUAUCAUGGUGUUGGUGUUUUUGUGUGUGAGAGUACUCUUGAUGCAUUUGUAAGAACAUUUCGGAGGGCUUUGCUACAUACCAAAAAAAUGUGAAAAGGAUGUGAAAGAUUCAUUCAUUAUCAGUGCAAACACUAGAUUGGAUUAGACUGCCUUUAUUCUUUUCACCCUGAGGAAAUUUGGGCUGUUACAUGCCAUUUUAGGGGCAAUCACAUUGCCUAUGAGGAUUAAAUAUCUGUUGGAACAACAUCAUUAUUUUCAUUCAAUAUAUAACAUGAAACCACAUACAUCAUGCAACGGAGUAUAUAUGUGAAACCAUCGAGUAAAGUUUUUUUUUUUGUUUUUAAGUAGUGUUUUUGUCAGUGGGGGUGAGAUUAUUUUCCUUACCGUCAUCCAUUAGUUUUAGCCCUGCGGGGGGUUAACAUGCGGGAAAAUCAUUCCGCUGGGCUUUGUGGUAUCAGGAACACAUACCGGUGCUGUGUUUGAAAAACAACCAUGGACGUAUGCAGAGGUUGGUGUUAGAGGAGAGAGGAGGGAGCCAGAUGUAUAUUCAAUGAAUGAGGUUAUGAAGAACUUGAAUCGACUCUCCUAUUACUAGCAGUCCAGUUUGGUUGUCGUUGAUGUUUUUUAAAUUAUGAUUCUUCUCGGACAGUUGAAUAGAAAAGCGGCUUCAAUUGCUUCUUAUCAUCUUUAUGGGUUUAGACGUCUUGUAAACCAAGGUCACAAGCCCUGCCAGUCAUUGUGCGGCAAUGUUUUCUUUAAGCUUUGUGAGUGGAAUCUGAAUAAGUCAAAUAAAUAUGUAAAUUGCCUGGAACGACAGUCGUAAAUCCUCUCGCUGGGAGAGCUUGGAAAAUAGUUUGGCUUAUAUCCGCCGUCGGCCAUUUUGUGGGCUUUUCCCUGAAUGUAUGUGGCUCAAUGUGAAGAAGUCAAAUUGCCAUGUGAGUUUACAUUAGGAGUUGAUGAUCCCACCCAUCCUCUCUACCACAGUGAAAUAUUUUUAUGGACAGUGGACCUGACCUGGCCUUAGGCUGCCUUCAGCUUUGAUGAAUAGGUGUUUCAGUGGACCAAUGGGCCCAGAUUUGUCAUAAUUCUGGCCUUAAGAUCAAUAUUCUUUUGUUUAAAAGAUUAAUACCUUGGUAAACAAACAGCUAUAAUAAGACCUUUAACUUGAGCCUGUCACCAUUUUAAUGUGUACAAGGAGGAUUCAAGGUUCUAGAAUGUCAUGCUGUCAGGGUCAACCUCAGCUGUGGUAAAUGUGGCUCCAGUUUCAGUCUUAAUAAACACUGGCUGUCCACCGCUCUUGUUUUCAUCAGUGGACUCGGAGCGAGUCCAACCUCAGAUAAAUCUAAAGAAAAUAGCAAAGUUGUGUGUCAUGCUAGGAUGCACUGUUGGCUCGCAGGAUUUCGGUCCUGGAUAUAGAGAGCUGAUUUGAUUACAAAAAGCCUUCAAGGAAAAUGUACUUUCAACAUAAAGCAAACACGCUAGCAGCCAAUGUGAACUCUGAGAGGAAGCUAUUAAGAUGGUUUACAUUUACAAACUUGGUAUUCAUUCAAACCCCUGGAAAGAGAAGACUUCUGUACUUCAUGAGAUGCUUAUCUUUCUUCGGUUCAUGUUCAGGAAAAGCCAUGGGUACGGCUACAGAUUCAACUUUGAUAACUAUUGUUUAGUGGCACCCACUGAACAAGAGAAUAUAUUUAAGAGAAACAAGACACACAUGCAGCUAAACAAGCUCAAUGUUGAUGUAUUUAAAUGUGACUGAACUUGUUAUAUACAGUACAUAGGACAUAAAAGGGCUGCAAAUAUGAAGAAAAGAAAUCAAUAAAAAUUAUUUAAAUGGUGUUGCGAUAGAUUCAUGACAGUUUUCUUAUGCUCCUCAAUUUAGUCACAGAACUUUGCAAAAAAAAAGUGGAGGUCUACAUGGAGCACGGCGCACACACUCCAGUCACUCCUGAACUCGAGCUGUCGUUAUGUGCGUUUAUUUUCACGCGUCCACUUUUAAAUGAUCAUUUACUCGUCAUUUAAAACCAAAUAUCACAGUGCUUGUGACUGAGAAUGCAGCAUGAGGAUCUGCUCCUGUGACCCUAGACUUCGUGUCAUGGAGAAUUUAGGGUGGAUCCUUUAAACAGCCCUCUUCGUUUCUUACAUAUGCUGGGUUUCAACUGACUCUUAAUAGGUAACAGACUUCGCAGACUAGGUGAACUCUCAAUAUUAUGACAGCACACACACUUCUUCUUUUCCUCUUUGGUCAUUUCCCAUCAGCCACAGCAAGUUUUCUACCUCCACCAUCCCAGAUCAUCCUCCCCAGUCACAUCCAUCCUCUUCAUGUCCCUCAUGUCUUUUGCUGUCUUGGUCCUUCAUAACUUUGUCUCUGAACUUCUCCACAUCAGUUGAAUCUGAAAGUCUCGAUGCUUCGGUAAACAACUAUGAAAGCUUGUUACGCAGAAGCAGACAUAGAUAUCGGCGGUUGCUUCAGACCACAACAGGCAGCUCACUCAUUCAUCACGGCGAGAAAUGUCAAAGAUGUGUCAACAACAGUAAGUCUGUGGGCGAGAAUGUGGUCAAGGGUCACAGCCACUGGUUCAGAGCUUUCCUUCGGCUGUCACGGUGCUCCUGAUGGAUGUGACGGUUGGGCUGAGACCUGGAGCCGAAGAAUUUAAAGCUUUCAACUGCUGCAGUAUGUUGUGCCCUGCUGAUCUUUAAGCUACACGGUAAAUCUGAUCAGUUGCAGACAGCCGACUCACUGUUGAGCAAGUUGCCAAGAGAUGUGAUGGUCAGCUGGAGCCUAUGCCAGUUGCUGAGGUAAAGAGACCGGGGCAACAUGGACAGACACAUAUUAGAACUGCAAGAUUAUGGCUAAAGUGACUCAAAUGAAGCAGAGGAAAGAACAGUUCUGAUCUUCCCACUUUUCCCUAACAGUGGUGGAGUGUAACUGAGUGUAGCUUGUGUGUGUGUGAGCUUUGUUGUAUUGUGUGUCACCAUCUUUGAAGUUUUUCCUGUUUAGUUUUUUUAUUUUAUUUCUCUGCAGCAACCACUAGUGCCAACCUUUCUUUCCAGCGAGGCCAAGAGUUGAGUUGCAAUUUGGCAAUUUACCAAAACCCAAAAGCAGCUUGUCACAUCCACUGGUGCAUCGCCCAUGGAAGAUGAACUACAGUGAGGAGUAUCUAGCAAUCUACACUUAGGUUUACUCAUGGGACUCUGACAAUGUAAAUGGUCCUGAAAAAGAAAACAUAAAAACGCCGCAGAAAUUAUCACUGUUCUUCUCUCUGCUUCUUUUUUAUCUCGAAGAUCAAGUUGUCGAUAGGAAAGAGUUGUUGAUGUAUGUUUGAUGUGGGAUUGAAAUUAGCCACUUAAGACGAUUCUGUUCCUCAGAGAAGCAUGAAGGUCCUACGAACCUAGUGUCCUUCAGUGCUGACAUGUCGGGCUGUAACUUACCUGGAGAACCCAGGAUUACAAGGGUUAGGAACUCAGACCCCGCAGACUUAAAAGGAGGGUGAAAUUCAACCCGCACUGAGCAAGACACGUAAGUUGAAACGUCAAGACUGGGUCAAGAUCUACCUGAAAGUUUGAUGGUCUGAGUGCGAGUCUUGGCGGAUCAGUAACAGGCCCUAUCUUCUGUUCUCUACGAAGGGAGUCUCAACUAACUCCUACUCAAGUGGCAUCUGGUUGGUGUAAAAUGUUGCUAAUAAUUCCACCCAGCAGGUGAUUUUCUGGUCUCAUGGCUCAUCCUCAUCCCUGCUCCACAUGACUGUCCAGUGUUUGUGAAGCAGCUCGCAGAGACUCUGUUGAACCCACUGGUACCUAAAGCAAAUUCCGAGCAUCAAUGUCACCUCCUGCUGUAUAGCCGUUUGUUUUCGUUCGUGUGGAGCAAUGUUUUAUGAGCACAACAAGCCCGUUCUUCCCAUGACUGCAGCAUGAACACUCCACUGCCCUCAGUGGGAACCAAAGGAAGGAAGCAGAAGUGAAAGGGGCUGUAUGAAGACUGGACGUCUGACAGACCAUGUGUGUCCUGCUGAACACACUGACUGAAGAGGACGACUGGCGCUGACUGUCUACUCACACGCUGUGCUGUGUUUCCAGCACUCCGGAGCCGAGGACUUAAACCCAAGAGUAUGGUCCAACAGUCCGCCUCAGUCUGCCUGCUGGGAGGCCUUUUGGGCCUAUUUCUCCUCUCGCCUGUUCUGAUGGUGCCGACGCCGCCCAGCAUGUGCACUCCACUGAGGACGCUCCGAGACACGCUCAGCCAGAGGCGACGGUACAUGAAGCACAACUUCCCCAUCAACUACACAAUCAGAGUCCACUUCAAGGAAGUUUUUAAACUCUCAAACAUCAGCAGAAUGCGAUUACAGGUGGAGGGCGUAGACCAAUUUAUUCUCCAAAGGUUGUGGUUCCAAGUCAACCAAGGAGUCUUAAAAAAGAUUAUUCGGGUGAUGCCAGGCAGACAUCCGUCGCGGUCAUAUUCUGGCGAGUUGGAGCGUCGCUUCAGGGACGUGGAAGGAGUCUUUGUGCAUUCAUAUCCUGCCGAGGUGUUCCAGCAGGAGCUUCCAGAGGCCAUUCAGGACAUUUGGGACCGGUUAACCGAAGAGCCCGACAGAGUGCCACAGUCCAGCUGGAAAUUAGCGACUCCGAAAUCUCUUCUCGACAACCUCUCGCACACCAUGCAUUGCCUCUUUAGUGAGUGCUUUAUCAGUCCCGAGGCGCCGCACAACUACUGUGGUUUAUCCCACUGGAGGAAAGGUCGGAAGAAAGAGCUGAAACAAGUGGGGUGACCGCCUCACCAGAGCUAAGCGGAGCAGAAACAGUAUCCACAGUGACAGAAGAAAAUCCAGCUCUGAUCCGGGAUCUCUCAAACACGGUCCGGAAUGUCCGACUUCCUCCAAGCAUGGAUUUAUUUACCAACAAGACGAAUUUCCCUUUAAAGACUCUUCGAUGGUUCGAGUGUCAAAUCCUUUCCGCCUCACUUCUAGACAAAAGCGUGUUGAAAACAGAUUCCACCUGUUCUUCUUGGUCCCACACUGUAUUGUGUGAUGGUCUGCGACGACUUUAAUUCAAAUCAACAACUACUGUUUUUCACCUACUACCCCAACACCACGAUCAGAGUUGAUCUUGACAGUCUUCACUACCCUCCGUGUUUUGUAUUUACACCUGUUAUUUACGAUCCGCCAGGAAAAUGACCACUGUUUUAACCCUGUUUUACUCCCGACUGUUGUUACUGUGACUAAAGAUGCACCCUGAUCUGGUGGCACUCGAGCAAGCACCCUGUGGCUCCUCAGCAGUCUGAUGCUAGUUUAAUCAAUUAUUCACAGGGAUUCACUGGAACGCUGCCAGUGAACCCGAGAUGGGAGAAUGAAUGGGCUUCUCAUAAGCACUAAAUGUCAGAAGGAAGUGACAAGAUGCUCUCAUGCCUUAAUAUCAAACCACAAAUUAAAUUCCGAACUAAAAGCAAUAGUCAGUAAUUGCCUCAGUCCUCGAGCUGUCUUUUUGUCAGGCUUGACCCAUUUGACUUUUUCAAAAGUUGCGCUUUAUUUGAAGACCAGAUGACUUGUGAGUGACGGUGGUUAGAAAAGAGUUGAUCGCUUCAGGGAGUUCGAUGAAACUUUAUUUAUUAAAAAUAUAUUGGAUAUUUAUGUCAAGUCUCGUACAUAACCAUUGUCCAUUUCCUAUAUGCAUUUUGGGAUGAGCAGCAGAGCUCAGAAUGCAGGUUGCACCUCUCUUCCUAGUCGGCAAUUGUUUGGUUAUUGGUUGCACAGUGGUGAGAGCUUCCCUCUCACUGCAAAAUAAGAACAGACAUGAAUAAAAACAAAUAAAAAAUUACAUAAAAUUUGGAUGGUUAUUCCACGAACGUCACUCAAGGACAUACAGUAGGAGGUGUAAAAACCUGUCAUUUGGCUGUGCUUCACUCCCACAGUCUAAAAACACUGGUGUCUCCACAUGAGUACCCUAAAUUGUCAGUAAGAGGAAGAAAAUGGUUGGCACUCUCUAAAGUCGCUCUCGUGGUGGUGGUGGCUGCGUGCUGACCGCAACCUUUUCAUUGGCCCUUCCACCAUCGCUUAACACGGCCCGGUCUGACUCUGCUCUAAAGGGCUGCUGAAAUGGUACGUUGUUGGCGGUUGCUGAGCAGCCAUGACACUUCGCCGACACACCACAGUGAUGCUCAAUGUAUUCCCACUCUAUUUCACAGAGCUUUGACGAGAAGAUGCACAACUUUUUCCAUCAACCUAUCCGCCAACCCUGUGCAUCCCCAGAUAAAAAUGUCUAGACACUCAGCUCUGCUGCUCGUCCCUCAAACACUUUCUUAACAUUCCAAAAAAAAUGUUUCCAACUGUGUUAUAAUCAUUCCAAUAGCAACAAAAUAACCUACAAAUGUGGGACGUUUGGACAAAAAGCUAUUCAAAAUCACAUAGGAUCUUUCUGUUGUCGUCCUUAAUAACCUUUUCUAAUACAUUUCAUGUGUAAUAAAAACACUUGUUAUCCAAUUUUCCACUGAGACACAUCAGGAGACAUUCAUGACGUUGUUAUUAUGUGACAAAAAGUCAAGUGUUGCAACAGGUUAUACACAGCAGAGUAAUAACACUUUCAUUAUGUGCAGCUGUUGCAGAUCGCUGAAGACGUCAUCACUGUGCGGCUUAUUUCUCUUUUAAUGUCUGCUUUCAAAUGAGUAUAAAAGAGACGAUGGAUGUGACAGAGUGAUUGUUGUUGACCUGCAGUUGGUGAUUCGCCACGGAACCUUCCGCCUCAUUUUCCGGCAGACACAUGCCUUCUUCUCACUUGCGCUGCUGUAGCCAAACAAGGAUUUGGUCACAGAGUGUUCCAAGUAUUUCAAGUUGAUGAGAACAACUUGUAUCUCAGACAUGAAUUACACUUUGUUCUUGUGUGCCUUAUGAGCAAUGCCAAAGCUUAGUCAUGUAUGUGACUCAUGGUAGUCACAUACAUACAACAGCAACAAUUGCAGCCAGGGGAAGAGUUCUCAGGGGUCAUGACUAAAGAUGCGGCUCACGCAGCUGGGUUGAAGCUUCAUCGAUUUAUCAGAUGUUUUCUUUAGAAGGAGACCAAUUUAAUACGCAAGCUUGAAUGAAGUUUAUAGUUUCCUUGUUAAUUAAGCUUUCUUCAUUCAUAAAAAUAGUGCCUUGUGUAUGUCAUUUGAGCGAAGAUAUGUUCAUGGAACUGGAGCCACUUCCUGAAGACUGGGAAGCAGCUGUGGAUGUGGAGAGAAAAUUAAAACCUAACCUCUCACUCGUAUGUCAUCAGAGGGACAGCCAGGGUGAAAUGAAUGUAUCAUUCAGGGUCCGACAUUUUCUUCUUCUUAGCAGAUGCAGGAUGUGAUGGUUCUUAAGUGCCUUUUGAAGAGCAAAUCCUUCCCUUCCAGCAAAUAGGCAGUUCAAAAGCUUUGACUUUAUCUCCUUAAAACUGACUGAUGUUCAAUGACUGAAGACUUUUGUUAAUACACUGACACAAUGUGCACCAACUAAGUGUUUCUGGCUGUAUCAAACAUGAUUAUGAAGAGACAGUCAACCCCCAAAUUUCCAAAGUUGUUGGGUAUAGUGUAAUAACACAAGGAUCCAAGUGUCUGUAUGUUGAGUUGUGCUCCAUUUCCAUGGUGAACAAUAAUAGUCAAAUAUCCCAUGAAUACAUUUUUUUAUUGAACUUUGUUAACCACGUAUAAUGAAAAGUUUGUAUCUGUAAUCAUGAGAGUUCUGUUUUGGUUUGCUUGACUUCCAUAACAUGGAGCUUAUAGUGACACUCCCCACUGCUGAUGGCAACAAUACAGAAGAUGACCACAAGCAGACACUCUGUUUUCAGAGGACUGACCGUACAAGCAAGUUUUAUGUACAAAAGAUACUGAAUUUAUUUAUAUUUAUUUGAAAAAUAUAAUGCUAUGUGACAAUACUUUUAUGAAAGAAAUAUGAAUUAAAUUACUAUUUUUUAUCAAAUAAUACCGUGUCUGUAGUUAUUUUCCGCAAACCUCUGCUGUUGGACUGCCUGUUCUGUUCAUCGUCAAA